CCACAUUCUCAGAAUAUUGGCACGUAAAAAACGUGCAAAUCCAGUAAAUCAUUUUCAUCACAAGAUUGCCCCAUGUUUGGACAUAUUUUAGAUUUGGAUUUAUCUUACAUCGACCAGCAAUGCUUCUCCAUCAUGUGUGUAUGUUGUUGGUUAUGUGUAACCUCGCACUGGCUGGUAUAAGUGCCCCCACUAAAACUCUCAAAUUUGAAUGCUACCCAAACAAUACUGUAAAGGUUGAAAACCCGGGCAAUUUUACAUAUGUACAUGCAAACAACAGUGUUACUGUAUGUAGUACCACGUGGUCUGCGGGCAAUGGUUCUGUGUACAUCGAUGGCUGCAGAAAGGAUGACGAUAUCAUAGUUUUCUUCAGUAAUUUGGAAUCUGAUUUUCUUAAUGUACUUGGAGGAAAAGAAAGAGAAGCAUACGCAAUCGACUGCAAGGAAAUCCCUUUAAUCGGUGUGAAUUUUACCGUCACUAAUGGCGUGCAUGUCGAGUUAGGCGAGCUAGAGCAGACGACUUAUGCAAACUUUGACCCGGAAUUAAACAUAACUUCCGGAAUUUAUAUCGACGCUCUUGGAAUAAGUACCAUCGACGUAGUGGAAACUGGUACACCGCUUUUCUGGCUGAUAAAAAUUAAAACUGAUAAUUACCGUAUUAGACCAGACAAUUGUUGGGCUUACGCUGGAAAGAACAUAAUAGAUACAGUUCCAAAGAAAAAGGUCUAUUCAAAAGGUUGCACGACAGACGAUCAACUUGUAAGUACAUUCUAUAAAAUUGGAACCGGUGCGGAGGGCAGGCGUGCAUUAAUUCACACGUUUAAGUUCUAUGGGUCAGAUUAUGUAACGUUUGUGUGUCAAGUUCGUGUAUGUCCCAUCAACAGUAUGCAGCUCUCAUUUUGCGAUUCACUUGAGUGUGACACAGGAAGAAAAAAAAGAAAUACCCACCAAGCAUUGGUUGACACUAAAGAGGUGACAGUUAGCCGAACAAUACGAAUUGUUGAUAACUCCAAUAGUUCUACUCUAAGUGGUGUACCAGAUUUAUUGUUGAUUGUGUUAUCCAGCAUUGUUUGUUUCUUAAACUAUAACAAAAGAAGAUGGUGACCAUGAAGUCCUAUAAUAAUGUAACAAACGUUAUUUGUGUCACAUAUAACAUUAACACAGUAGUUUAUGUCACAAUUAUUAAGGAUGCAUGUUGUUUAUGUCACAUUUAUUAAAGAUACAUGUUUUAUGUCACAUCAGAAGUUUUGUUAACGAAUGUUUGUUGUUUGUUUGUUUGAAUGAACUUGUUUGUUUGGAGGGAGGGACUUGUUAAGAUAUAUUUAACCUGACAAUACAGCAAGAUUGUUCAUGGAAUGCCCAAGACGCUAUUCAUACAUUUCUUAAAAUAAACGAAUAUAAUUCUAA